GAUCGGCCACGGGUUCAUGUUUUUAUAAACAACAAAUCAAAUAAUACAGACGUAUUUUCAUUUUUGAGAGGAAAUUGUAAAACUGGUCUAAAGUGUGUGAAACGAAACUUAGUAGCAUUGAAGAUAACGAUAUAGGAUAUACUACUUUAAAGAGGCAUCCGCAUGCUGGUGUAGUAGGAAAUGAUGAAUCAAAUGGGAAAUAGGCUGUACCCCGACAUAGCCAAGGAAUUACUAUGAAUCAAUUUUGGUUCAGUGCGGUUCAAUAAGCGGAGAGAAAUGUCUAAUUCUUAAAAGUAACCUCUACAGCAAUAAAGGUUUUAUAAUAAAUUAAAAUAAACUCACAUCGCUUUUGCACUUUGUAUCCCAUGGCCAUCUAUGCUGGAUGUGUCUUAUUCUAUGUUUUAUUUUCGAAAUAUCUGACUGAUAUUGAAAGCCUUAGACAGUCAUUAUUCAAAAUGUAAACAAACUCAAAACACAGAAAAUUGUAUUUGUCACUUCAUCUGAAAAAUAAAAAUAAAUUAUUUAUACUUUUACAAGAAGUUCGACAGAUUACAAUGACUGAUAAUAUUCAAGUUCCUAAUGAGUUUUCGGAUGCGCCAUCGAAAGCAGAAGGCGGUUGGUGGCGUCAUUCCCUUGCUGGUGGUGUAGCCGGAGUCAUUUCGCGUACAAGCACCGCGCCGAUUGACAGGAUAAAACUAUAUAUGCAGGUUCAAACUCGGAAAACUACCAUAUUUGAUAGCGCGAAUUAUAUGAUUCGAACCGGUGGCAUACGCAGUAUGUGGCGUGGUAAUGGUGUUAAUGUUUUAAAAAUCGGUUCUGAUUCGGCAAUUAAAUUCACAAUCUACGAGAAAGUGAAGCAUUACAUCAAAAUAAAACGAAAGUCAUCGCAAGAUGAAAUGAAUAUUGGUGAAAGAUUCAUUGCGGGUGCCAUAGCUGGUAGCAUUUCACAAACAACCGUUUAUCCAUUCGAUGUCUUGAAGACCCGUCUAGCAUUGCGCACAACCAGCGAGCAUCGUGGAUUAAUAUCUUUAGUUAAAAAUAUUUACUUAACCGAAGGCGUUCGAAGUUUUUACAAUGGUUACACAAUUAAUUUACUAGGUGUCUUACCUUAUGCCGGUAUAGAUUUGGCGCUAUAUGAAACUUUGAAAAAGUAUUUAAGCGCUGAGAAAACAAAUAAGCAACCGAAUUCAGUCAUUUUAUUAGUCUGUGGAGCGAUUUCAAGUGCAGUGGGUCAACUAAUUACAUACCCUUGCUCUUUGAUACGUACCAGGAUUCAAGCUCAAAUUGUUCCAAGAACUGAACCUCGCACCGGUUUCACAAAGCGGCCUGUGAGUAGAUUAACAACAAUUAAAUUAAUUAAAUCGAUUAUCGCCAACGAAGGAUUAUCUGGAUUAUAUCGUGGAUUAUUCAUUAAUUUAGCCAAAGUAUUGCCUGCUGUUUGUAUUAGUUAUGUAGUAUACGAGUAUUCGAUUCAAAUGUUAGGGGUAUCUAUGAGCUAGUUUUAAAAAACUACUCGAAACGAAUAAAGUUGUUUGUAAGUAUAGUUUUAAAAUAAAAAGUGCAAUUAUAAUUGCUAAAUAAUUAAUCAA